AUGGUCUAUAUGAAAUCCCCUCUGGGGUAUCAUUGUCCUUCUAGCAAAGUUUGUCUCCUUCGCAAGGCAUUUUACGGUCUUAAGCAAGCUCCUCGUGAAUUGUUUGACAAAUUCAGCACCACUAUAUGCAAUCUCGGUUUCACUUACAGCCCUCAUGAGAAUGCUCUCUUUAUUCGUAAAAGUGAACGUGGAGUUGUUCUUCUGCUUUUGUAUGUUGAUGACAUGAUCAUUACUCGAGAUGAUGUUGAUGGUAUCUCUGAUCUUAAAGCCUCCCUUCACCGUAUUUUUGAGAUGAAAGAUCUUGGUUCUCUCAAUUAUUUUCUUGGUCUCGAAGUCAUAUCCACAGAUGAUGGUAUCUAUCUCUCUCAAGCUAAGUAUGCUUCGGGUCUUUUUUAUCGAGCCGGUAUUACAGAUAGUCGCACUGAAUCUACUCCUCUUGAGUCUAAUUUAGUUGGAGGACUAGUCUACUUAACUGUCACCAGACCAGACAUUGCCUAUCCGGUUCAUGUUCUUAUCCAGUUCUUGUCAGUUCGUCGUACUACUCACUAUGCGGCAGUUCUUUGCGUUCUUCGCUACAUCAAAGGCAUCCUAUUUCACGGCCUUUAUUUUUCUGCCCAUUCAUCUUUAUCCUUUCAGGCGUACUCAGAUGCUGAUUGGGCUGGUGAUCCCACUGAUCGUCGUUCUACUACUGGUUAUUGUUUGUUUCUUAGCGACUCUCUCAUUUUCUGGCGAGUUAAGAAGCAGACGUUCACUGCUCGGUCAAGCUCGAAAGCUGAAUAUCGUGCUGUUGCUGACACCACUGCUGAAAUUGUCUCGAUUCGUUGGCUUCUCGAAGACUUAGGUGCACCACAAUCGUCCCCAACUGAUGUUUUUUGUGACAACCGCAGUGCUAUUCAGAUUGCCCAUAAUAAUGUGUUUCAUGAACACACCAAACGCAUUGAGAUUGAUUAUUACUUUGUUCGGCAACGCAUCUUUAUUAAUGUUAUUCGUCUCAUCGUUGUUGAACACACCAAACGAAUUUAUAUUUUUAAUACUCUCUAA